CCCAAGGCCUCGGGGUUGCGGGGAGGAAGGGUCACCCCGUCCUGCGCAGGAGGGGAACAGCGGUGGGUUGGGGAUUGCAACACGCCCAGGUAAGUCCUUUCCCACCUGGGCAGGGUAAAUAAAGAAAGGCUUGGAUUACCCGGCACCGGCGGCACGUCAGAGGCGCUGACAAGUGCGGGCAGCUUCGGCGUUCGUCACAGCCUGGGGACUUCGCCUGGCAGCACCCCCGCGGCAUGGCACGUGGCUCCCUCCCUGCCGGGGCGCUGCCAGCGGCGGCCAGGCCACCCGGCGGCGGGGUUCCCCCAGGGACCCCUCCCUGGGGUACCCUGCCCCGAGGAUGCAGAGCACGGUAGCAGGGCUCCGGAGGUUGUUUGGCCUCCCUGAGCAGGGAUGCUGGUUUAGGGGCGUCCCCAGGGAUGGGGGCUUGGAGCACCCCGCUCUCACUCUGUUGACAGGAGGGGGACGCCAGGGCAACCCAGCUGCCGGCGGCUCAAGGGUCCCCUUGUUCUGUGUCCAGGGAUUUCCUGGCCGGCGUCUCCGGCAGCUGCAACGUCUCUCCCUGGGGUUCCUCGGCGCUGUGCCCACUUUGCAGACAGGGAAACUGAGGCAGGCGGUGGGGCCGGAGGCAGGAGGGAGCAGGGACAUGCCGAAGGCAGGUUUCCUUGCAGGCGCCCCCGCUGAGUCAGCCGGGGCCGGGGUGGGGCCUCGCUCCAGCAGCGCCCAGCCGAGGAUAACGGAGGGGAAAGCGCUUUGCAUAUUUGAUUAAAUCCAACAGGUCGUCACCGGGCCGGUUGCGAAAUGUGGGAAUGCCGCAGGGCACCCCACCGGGAAGGGAGGCGGGGGAGCCCCUGCCGGGGGGCAGGUGAGGUGGAUGGGAGCGGGAUGGGAGCCUCAGCAUGGCCGGGAUGGCAAAGCGGGGGAUCUGGGGGCUGCCAGCUAAGCCAGACCCCCCACCCAAGUGGGACGGGUCCCUGCUCUGUCUGGACACCCUCCCCUUGGGUGCCCGGGCCUGGGGCCAUCCUCGGGGGAUGCCCUGCACCACGACCUGCUCGGGCCAUUAGCGGCAGCACCGUCCCCACGGACUACCACUGGCUUGGUCCCCGCUGUGACGCCCGCCUCUCUCCCCGCACAGGCGUCGUGCCCUUUGUAGCCCUGCUCCUGCUGCAGAGGCGGCCGGUGGCCGGCCGGGCGCUGCUGGUGACCGGCCCCGGCUGUCCUGGUCACAGCUUGUGCCGCUCCAACGUCCUGGAGCAGACCCGCAGGCAGGUCGCGCUGCUCAACGCCACCGCCCAGGACCUCUUCAGCCUCUACCUGAAGUGCCAGGGAGAGCCAUUCAGCAGUGAGACCGACAAGCUCUGCAACCCCAGUGGCACCUUCUUCCCCGCUUUCCGUGUCAACCGGACGAGCGAGAGGAAGGAAGUCAUGGUGGCCAUGUACAAGCUCUUCGCCUUCCUCAACGCCUCGCUGGGGAACAUCACACGCGACCAGGAGGAGCUCAACCCCACAGCCAAGGAGCUCCUCGACCGGCUCCACAACACCACCAAGACCACCCGGGGCCUCAUCUCCAACCUCACCUGCCUCCUCUGCAAGAACUACAACAUCUUCCAGGUGGAUGUCAGCUACGGGGAGAGCUCUAAGGGCAAGAGCACCUUCAAGAAGAAGCAGCAGGGCUGCCAGGUGCUCAGGAAGUACGUGCAGGUCAUUGCCCAGGCAGCCCGUGUCCUCCUACCUCAUCUCAGCCCCCUGUGAGUGCCCGCCCCGGCUCCUCCGCCCCCUGCCCAGCUGAUGGUGAGGACGGCCGAGGCAGCCACACCGUCCCCCCCGCCACCAAAUGAGACCCCGAGAGCCGCUGCAUCCCGACCUCCCACCUUUUUAUUUAUUACCCCAGACCCUGUGCUGGCCCCAUCCACCCUUCGGUAAUUUAUUUGCCCCUUGUGGGGUGAAUGUUGUAGCCUGGUGCGUCCUGAGCGGAGCAGAGCUGGGGCCGGCAUCCAGGAGGACGAGG